GCCAGCCAGUGAGCGGAGCCUGCUGAGAGGGAGGAGCGCAUCCUGAUGCAGAGAUGCUGCAGUGGCUCGGGGCUCGCACACAUAUUCGCACCCUCGCCCGCUGCCGCCACGCCAGGACAGCCAGUGGCUAAGGCCGGCGGGGCCAGGCAGCCCCGAGGCUGGCGGCAGGGUCUGCUCACCAGGCGGCCACAGCACUGCCCCAGCCAACACCCUUCCCGCACUCUAGGUGUGUCUCAGUCUCCAGUUGACUCUCCUGGAGCUGGGCUGCCGCUCCUCUCUUCUGGACUCUGCCUCUGCCUAGGACACCCACCAUGGGGACACCCGGCAGGAAAAAGACAAGCUUGCUGCUGCUGGUGCUGGCCACAGUGGCCCUGGUCUCCUCUCCAGGAUGGAGUUUUGUCCAGGGAACCUCAGCUACCUUUGGACCUAUCUUUGAAGAGCAACCUGUUGGCCUGCUAUUCCCAGAGGAGUCUGCAGAGGAUCAGGUGACACUGGCAUGCCGAGCCCGAGCUAGCCCUCCAGCCACCUAUAGGUGGAAGAUGAACGGCACAGAUAUGAACCUGGAACCUGGCUCCCGUCACCAGCUGAUGGGGGGCAACCUGGUCAUCAUGAGCCCCACCAAGGCACAGGAUGCUGGUGUCUACCAGUGCCUAGCCUCCAAUCCAGUAGGGACUGUCGUCAGCAAGGAAGCUGUCCUCCGCUUCGGCUUUCUACAGGAAUUUUCCAAGGAGGAGAGAGACCCCGUGAAAACCCACGAGGGCUGGGGGGUGAUGCUGCCCUGUAACCCACCUGCCCACUACCCAGGUCUGUCCUACCGCUGGCUCCUCAAUGAAUUCCCCAACUUCAUCCCAACGGACGGGCGUCACUUCGUGUCCCAGACCACAGGAAACCUGUACAUCGCCCGCACCAAUGCCUCAGACCUGGGCAACUACUCUUGUCUGGCCACCAGCCACAUGGACUUCUCCACCAAGAGUGUCUUCAGCAAAUUCGCACAGCUCAACCUGGCUGCUGAAGAUCCCCGGCUCUUUGCUCCCAGUAUCAAAGCCCGGUUUCCCCCAGAGACCUAUGCACUGGUUGGGCAGCAAGUUACCCUGGAGUGCUUUGCCUUUGGGAACCCUGUUCCCAGGAUCAAGUGGCGCAAAGUGGACGGUUCCUUGUCCCCUCAGUGGGCCACAGCAGAGCCCACCCUGCAGAUCCCCAGCGUGAGCUUUGAAGAUGAGGGUACCUAUGAAUGUGAGGCAGAGAACUCCAAGGGCCGUGACACUGUCCAGGGACGCAUCAUUGUUCAAGCUCAGCCUGAGUGGCUAAAGGUGAUCUCGGACACAGAAGCCGACAUUGGCUCCAACUUACGUUGGGGCUGUGCAGCAGCAGGCAAACCCCGGCCCAUGGUGCGCUGGCUGAGAAACGGGGAGCCUCUGGCCUCCCAGAACCGGGUGGAGGUCUUGGCUGGGGACCUGCAAUUCUCUAAGCUGAGCCUGGAGGACUCUGGCAUGUACCAGUGUGUGGCAGAAAACAAGCAUGGCACCAUCUAUGCCAGUGCUGAGCUGGCUGUCCAAGCUCUGGCCCCAGACUUCAGGCAGAACCCUGUGAGGCGGCUGAUCCCUGCAGCCCGAGGGGGAGAGGUCAAUAUCCCGUGCCAGCCGCGUGCAGCUCCAAAAGCGACAAUACUUUGGAGCAAGGGUACUGAGAUCUUGGGGAACAGUACCAGAGUGACUGUCACUUUGGAUGGCACCUUGAUUAUCAGAAACAUCAGUCGAUCAGAUGAAGGCAAAUACACCUGCUUUGCUGAGAAUUUCAUGGGCAAAGCCAACAGUACCGGGAUCUUGUCUGUGCGUGAUGCGACCAAGAUCACUCUCGCUCCUUCGAGUGCUGACAUCAAUGUGGGUGACAACCUGACCCUACAGUGUCACGCCUCACACGACCCCACUAUGGAGCUCACGUUCACCUGGACCCUGGAUGAUUUCCCUAUUGACUUUGAUAAGCCUGGGGGUCACUACCGGAGAGCCAGUGUGAAAGAGACCAUUGGAGACUUGACUAUUCUAAAUGCCCAGCUACGCCAUGGAGGGAAGUACACAUGCAUGGCCCAGACAGUGGUGGAUGGUGCAUCCAAGGAGGCCACAGUCCUGGUCCGAGGUCCCCCUGGCCCCCCAGGGGGUGUGGUGGUGAGAGACAUCGGAGACACCACUGUUCAGCUUAGCUGGAGUCGUGGCUUUGACAACCACAGCCCCAUUGCCAAGUACACGCUGCAAGCUCGGACUCCACCCUCAGGGAAAUGGAAGCAGGUUCGGACCAAUCCUGUGAAUAUCGAGGGCAAUGCCGAGACUGCGCAGGUGCUGGGUCUCAUGCCUUGGAUGGACUAUGAGUUUCGGGUUUCGGCUAGCAACAUCUUGGGCACUGGGGAGCCCAGCGGGCCCUCCAGCAGAAUCCGCACUAAGGAAGCAGUCCCUUCAGUGGCACCAUCAGGACUCAGUGGAGGGGGAGGAGCCCCUGGAGAGCUCACCAUCAGCUGGACUCCCAUGUCACGGGAGUACCAGAAUGGAGACGGCUUCGGCUACCUGCUGUCCUUCCGCAGGCAAGGCAGCUCCAGUUGGCAGACCGCCCGGGUGCCUGGCGCUGAUGCCCAAUACUUCGUCUACAGCAAUGACAGCAUCCAUCCUUACACACCUUUUGAGGUCAAGAUCCGAAGCUACAACCGCCGGGGGGAUGGGCCCGAGAGCCUCACUGCGAUAGUGUACUCAGCAGAGGAAGAGCCCAAGGUGGCCCCUGCCAAGGUCUGGGCCAAGGGAUCCUCAUCCUCAGAGAUGAACGUGAGCUGGGAGCCUGUGCUACAAGACAUGAACGGCAUUCUCCUGGGUUAUGAGAUUCGCUACUGGAAAGUUGGGGACAAAGAAGCAGCCGCCGACCGAGUGAGGACGGCAGGGCUAGACUCCAGUGCCCGAGUCACUGGCCUGUAUCCCAACACCAAGUACCACGUAACUGUGAGGGCCUACAACCGGGCUGGCACCGGACCAGCCAGCCCUUCAGCCGAUGCCAUGACCAUGAAGCCCCCGCCACGGCGACCUCCUGGCAACAUCUCCUGGACUUUCUCAAGCUCCAGUCUCAGCCUUAAGUGGGACCCUGUGGUUCCUCUCCGAAAUGAAUCUACAGUCACUGGCUACAAGAUGCUGUAUCAGAAUGACUUGCACCCAACUCCUACGCUCCACCUCACCAGCAAGAACUGGAUAGAAAUACCAGUACCUGAAGACAUUGGCCAUGCUCUGGUACAGAUUCGAACCACAGGGCCUGGAGGGGAUGGGAUCCCAGCAGAAGUCCACAUUGUGAGAAAUGGAGGCACAAGCAUGAUGGUGGAGAGUGCAGCCGUCCGCGCUACCCACCCUGGCUCCAUGUUCUCCUGCAUGGUGAUAUUGAUGCUCACUGGCUGCCAGAAGCUCUGAUCUCAACACUGCCUGCCACACCCAAGCUGGAUACCCACCCUAACAGACACAGAGGCUGGCUGCAGCCCCCCCUCCAACACCAAGGUGGUCCAACACUGUGCCUGAGAGUGGUUGGCUUAGACACCUACUCCCAACAGUACCCCUUUAUGUAGGAGGUAGGAUAUUUCUAUUCUGCCACAGGAUAGAACCAUGCAAGGAAUUUUUCUUUAAAUCAAGAUGCACUGGGCAGUGACUUCCAUGAUAAUAAUAGGCUUAAUACCUGGACCCCUUGGGGUUCUGGACAGAAGGAACAGACCUUUGGAUAGAAGGUAUUUAAUAUACAUCUUCAGAUCAAGCAGAUGGCCCUUUGGGGCCACAAUUGGGCACUGCCAUCUGAGAUCAGAGUCCCAGGCCCAGCAGGAACAUGGGCAGCAGUGGGAUGCCCUCUAUGAAGCCAAGGGACCUCUUCUCGUCCUCACUGGAGAAGCACCACAGUUGGUCCCGACAUGGUCUUCCAUGGCUCCCUGGCUUCAGUGGCCAAGAACAAGGCCCUGGGUUACUGGGGAUAGGAGUUCAAGAGGGUUGAGAGGCUGCAACAUCUAAUGGAAAGGGGCACCAGCCUAAGGUCCAUUCACCAUCCUGGUGGCACUGCCCUCUCAGCCAGCACUGCCAACCCAACCCUGUCAUGCUCCAGAUGGAAUGACGGAGUGACAGGGCCACUUCAGGUGGCUAUGUGACUAAAGGGCUUGUCUCGAGGAGUUGCCUUGCCUCGUCAAGAUGCUUCCUUCAUGGACCCUCCAGGGUAUGGGCAAAAGAUGUCCAUCUGAAUGCCACUCUCUUCCCUUCAGCUCUGCUGCAGACUUGUGCCUGCCUCCACCUCCCAUAACUGCAGGCCCUGAAAACCAGCUCUCAACACAGCAUCCAUUCUUUGUCCUGGGAUGGAGAGGCAUCUGAGAAGGGCCAGCACCAAUGUGGCCCUGUCUGCUUCCAGGAAUACCCUCCAUCACCUGGCCACACCUUCUCCCCAAACUGCCUGGACUACUCUCUUGAGUCCCCAGAAGAAAAAAGGGUUAAUAAGGUGGUGGUGGUGGUGGUGGUGGGGAGUAGCCUGCCUUGAGUUUUGAGUGUGUUACCAGUGACAGACCAGACUACCAGAGCUGAAGAAGCCUUAUAGCUUGACUUAUCCAUACCCUGCACUUAACAGAUGAGAAAAUGGAGGUCCAGAAAGGGUUAGGGACUUCUUAGGGUCACAUGGUCUGUAAGUGACAAGGCUUGGUCAAGCACCAGAGUCUCCUCCCCACCUGUGGGAGGCUCUGUGGAGGGGAGAGAGGUGCUGAGCAGUCACAGCCUGGUCUCUAGGAUGGCUGAGGACUCCGGAGGAUGAGGCUGCUGGGAAGAUCAACAUAGAUGAGCUCUGUCCAAGGCACAGGCUGAUUCCAGGAGUCAGCGGCCUGAGGCAGGCUUCCGCUGGGAACUCAUCAGGGAACACUGGCUGGAAGCCUCUGGGUGGGGAUGGGGGGAAGAGGCCAAAGCAAGGACAAAGUUGCCUGGACCAGGACCCUGUGGCAGCCUGACCAGAAAACCCCAGUGUCCACGCCCUGGCCCAUGGAAGCAGCAGAGCAGGCAUUUCAAGAGGCCCUUGCCCCGCUGUUCCUUGGGCCAUUUCUGUAGUUUUACAGUUAGAGCUCUAUUUUGUUAUGGGUUUUUAAACUUUAAGCCCUGCUCUGUUUUUCUGGGCGGGUUUAUGUUAGUAUUUACCCACUACAAUUUUUUAAAGAUGUACACUUGCAUACCUUUCCUCUGCCAUGUCCAAACCUCCCCCUAGCUAAGGACUGCUUCCCUGGAGCUGAUCAAACCCACCCUCUUCUGCUCCUAGCACCUCACGUACAAGGGUGCUAGGGGCUCAGCCAUGUGAUCAUUCUCUCUCACGUGGACCCCAGAGUUCAUCUAGCACCCCUCCCCAUCCUAUGCUGGCUGGGAUUUGGCUCGAGCCUAGUCCUGGAAAACCCCUAGCUAGCACUAGAAAGGGGGCACCUGAAACCUUCCAAGGUUUACCUGUUUCUCACUGCCUUGGACUUCAGGAGGGGUGCUAGACAAAUGGGUAUCUAGUGGUUGGGCAGGGUGGGCUGGUUUGGCACUGAACCUAGUUAGGGAGGUGAGAGGCUGCAGCCCUAAGCUUUUCUUCUGACAAGGUCCAUGAAAAGCAGGCAAGCUGCUGGGAGACCCGAGAAGAGGAAAACCUUAGCCCUGUGCAGGUAGCAUUUGUUGUGGGGAGGUGAAGCUGUGCCAGCAGCUUGGGGCUUCAAGUGGAGUGUUAGCUAAGGUGUAAAGAGACUGCGUGUGACUCCCAGACAUGUGAGCUUGUAAAUGGGGGAAAAAGGCCUCUUGCUGAGGAAACUUGGACCUUAACUGGCUUGGGAGGGAGGGCUAGAUCAAAUGACUUCUCAGAGUCCCUUCCUGGCCAAGGGUCCUCUUGAUUUCUGUACAGGCUGGGGAAGCUGUUGGACCGGCCCCUGCUAUGGUCCUGACUAUUAAGAGAUUCCAUCCAUUCAGGAUAGAGAUGAAAGGCCACAACUGGGCAUUCUGCCUAGGUGUAACAGGCAGGAAAUGCACCCCCCCAUCCCCCAGGGCUAGGGACAAAGCUGCCUAUAAAGACCUCUUGAGGGCCUGGGAGGCGCCCUCUGUUCUGUCCAUACAAGGACUCAGACCACCACACUGAGCUAUCUGCUCCUUGCCAUCUGAUGGUACAAAUGAGUGAUUCUGCCAUCCAGGGCAGCAGCUAACCCGGACAGUAGGGGAGUAGGUAGGCGAUGGGGCAGGGAUGAGGAGCUUGACAAAAAAACAGGAGAGAAUGAAGCCAAGGUCAGAGAAGCCUUCAGGAAUAAGGAAGGGGCUUCUUUUGGGUAACCUCUGAGGUAUUAUUUCCAGUGUUCUUUUCAGAUCUUGGUUGGAUGAAGUCCUGGCUUGAGAAGUGGGAGGUGCUGAGUCCUUCCAGAGCUGAGAUCUUAGAACCAAAAUGCCUAGCACAGGGAAGCCAUAGAGGUACCAUCUGCAGCUUAUUUAAAAAGCCAUCCGAGGGAAUGAUCCACAGAACAGUCCUUCCAAAGUAGUGCCUUCCCCAGUGCCAUCCUAGCCUGUACUCUAGCCAAGAGCUCAGCGUGGUUAGCCAAGCUAUCCUUCCCUCAUGCCUUUCCCAGCAACAGAGGCACCCUUUCUUUUCCUAGUUGUCAAAUAGCCAAUAGGGCUCCUGCACGCCAGGGGGACAGCAGUACCUUCACACCUGUUACUAGUUUGAGUGUGGCGUUUGGUCUCGCUAGCUGAGACCAUACCUUGCCAGGGAGUCUCCAGGUGGAAGUGAGAGGGCAUCUAAAGGACGUCAAGAUGCUCACUGGAAAAGUGCUGGUCACUGGGGCGGUGUGUGCCUCCUGAACCGUACGUGGUCCAGGCACUGGGAAAGCAGGGCAUCAAAGAAAACAGAGGGAGAGGGGGGAGGGGGGAGGGGAAGAGGGAGAUCGAGAAAGUGAGAGAGAGGAGGGGAGGGGGAGGGGAGAGGGUGAGAGAGUGAGCGAGAGAGAGAGAGAGAGAGAGAGAGAGAGAGAGAGAGAGAGAGAGAGAGAGAGAGAGAGAGAGAGAGAGACAGCGAGAGAGCGAGCGAGAGAGAGAAUAUCACACACAGCUCUGUUCAGAGCUCCACACCUAGGGCCCUUAGUUUCUUUAGAGGAGAUGCAACCUGCCUUGGCACCAGAUACCUCCAACAUAGCCCCCGUUUCAGAGCCCGCCUAGCUCUGAGCUCAGGGUGUCACUGGACCACUGAUGUGCAGUUCCUCCACCCCAGCCCACUGUUCGUUCUUGUAGUAGUUAUUGACUCUGGUAGCAAGCAGUUCUUAAAUAAAGAUGUUUUCUCAACCUG